AUGUACCUGCAAAUGGCGCUUCCAUUAAAUCCCAGCAUAACUGUUGGAACUGAAAAAGCAGCCUUUUUGGUUAUAGAAAUGAAUGAGACUUCAGGAGAAGCUACUGACAGAGAAGGCUUUGGAAUGAAGAAUUCUGCCUUAGAAAGCAGUGCCAUCCAUGGACGUGAAUUUAACACAGCUGACUUCCUAAAGGAGUAUCGUCCCAAGGAGUAUCAAAAGUUAGAAAGAUCACCUUUUAAUUUUAAAGACAGCCCAGAAAUUAUAAUCCCUAAAAGACCGUUUAUUUUUGAGUCUGAUGUUUUUAUCUUCAUUUUGCUGGGCAGAAAGUCAGAAUAUUGGGCUGCCUGGUUCAGGGCCGGACGCUUACCUAACCUACUGACUUGGAGCUUCAGAACCGUGGCGACAAAGGAGGCAGGAGAUGCUAAAGCAGAGUCGAGCCUCCCCUUACCAGCCAAUCGGAGCGAGCAAACGUCUGAAAAACCAAACUAUGCUCUUAAAUUUACUCUCGUGGGGCAUACGGAUGCAAUAUCAUCGGUUAAGUUUAGUCCUAAUGGAGAAUGGCUAGCAAGUUCUUCUGCUGACAAAGUAAUUAUAAUUUGGGGAGCCUAUGAUGGAAAGUAUGAGAAAACACUUUAUGGUCACAAUCUGGAAAUAUCAGAUGUUGCCUGGUCAUCAGAUUCCAGUCGCCUUGUUUCUGCCUCAGAUGAUAAAACGCUGAAGAUUUGGGAUGUGAGAUCUGGAAAAUGUUUGAAAACGCUGAAGGGGCAUAGUAAUUAUGUUUUUUGCUGUAAUUUCAAUCCACCAUCUAAUCUCAUCAUUUCAGGAUCUUUUGAUGAGAGUGUGAAAAUAUGGGAGGUGAAAACAGGAAAGUGCCUGAAGACUUUGUCUGCUCAUUCUGACCCAGUUUCUGCUGUUCAUUUUAAUUGUAGCGGGUCCUUGAUUGUGUCAGGUAGCUAUGAUGGUGUCUGUAGAAUUUGGGAUGCUGCAUCAGGUCAGUGUUUAAAAACACUUGUUGAUGAUGAUAACCUUCCUAUCUCUUUUGUAAAAUUUUCUCCAAAUGGAAGAUAUCUUCUAAUUGCAACUUUGGACAAUACUCUUAAACUGUGGGAUUAUAGCAGAGGCAGAUGCCUGAAAACCUACACUGGUCAUAAGAAUGAGAAAUACUGCAUAUUUGCCAAUUUUUCAGUUACUGGUGGCAAAUGGAUUGUGUCUGGUUCAGAAGAUAAUCUGGUUUACAUUUGGAACCUUCAGACUAAAGAGAUUGUACAGAAAUUACAAGGUCAUACAGAUGUUGUAAUCUCAGCAGCUUGUCAUCCUACAGAAAACAUCAUUGCAUCAGCAGCAUUAGGAAAUGACAAAACAAUUAAACUGUGGAAGAGUAACUACUAAACCCUUUAGAAAUCAAGUAGUAGAGCCAAGCUGGCAAAAAACCCCCCAAAACAAAAAAACCCGCGUAUUUAAAAAGAUGGUUUCUCUUAAUUUUGGUAUGGUUUUGUAUUUCUUUUUAACUUUGUGUUUCUCUCUCUCUCUGACAAAUAAAUAAAAUCUUAAAAAAAAAGGGAGGGGGGAAUGCCUGGGUGGCUCAGUCGGUUAAGUGUCUGCCUUCGGCUCAGGUCAUGAUCCCAGGCUCCUGGGAUCGAGUCCCACAUUGGGCUCCUUGCCCAGCAGGGAGCCUGCUUGUGCUCACACACUCUCUCUCUCUCUCUGACAAAUAAAUAAAUAAAAUCUUUAAAAACAAAACAAAACAAAAAAAAACAUUGUCUUAGAUUAUAAUAUUUCAGACCUAUAACCUAAAUUUACAAAGCAAGACAAUUGGAAAAGCAAGUCUAGAACCUACGACUUCUGACUUUUAAUCUUCAGGUCUGGUAUUAACUCCUAUGUCUAUCCCUGAACAGAUUCCCAUUCUGUUCCUCUCAGUGUAUUUGGGAAAUAUUUAGAAGUAAGGUUUACAAGAUAGGAUGACUGAUUAAAUGAAGGGAGCAGGAGUUUGGAAUAACUCGUGUUCCCGGUUUGGGAGAUCAGAUGAGUUAAGAACGUAAGCCUGGGAUUAGGUGGAAUGGAGAUGUAUGGCAGAUGCCACUCACACAUGAAAUGGUUCCGUGGAAUCAAGUCUAUAAAUUGGGAAAAAUAAGUCACGGUUAGGUCUGUUAAACAUUUUAAGAUUUUUAUGGAGAUAAAAACUAAAAGUAAACCAAAACAUUAUAAAUGGCAUUUUGUUGAGGGACUUCUCACUAUCCUGGUCAGAUUGUGCCUCAUGAUUAUCAAGCAAGCUAAAUGUCUAAAUGGUGAGGCUAUUCUCUUUCACUAUGUGUCUGACCUAGUAACUCCUACCCAUGCUUCAAACUCAGUUCAGAAACCACCACUUGUGGACCAGCACUGCCUGCCUGACUCCAACCACAACUGACAGCUGAGUUAGGUUUUGUUUCUUUCUAUAGCUACUGUUAUAUAAAGUUCAGAAUAUUCUUUUACCAGUUUGUAUUGUAACAGUUUCAUGGGCCAUGUUUCUGUAAGUUAUGAGCUCUGUAAAGAAGUAUGUUUUACUCAUUUUUGUAUUCUCAGUAUUUAUAUAUAUAUAAAUGGAUUUAUAUAUAUAUAUAUGGGAUUAAGGUAAUGUUUGAUGAAUGACAAUGAAUUAUACCACCACCACUUUAUUCAUUCCUUGCCUUCUUUCAAUAAACAUUUGGAGACAUGUCCCCAUACUGUUAUUACUUUUGUUGAUUAAAAAAGUAUCUGACCAUAGGCUCAUGUAUUAACUUUAUGUUCAGACAGGGCUUAUAGGAAAUAUAAAGUGGAAAAUGGUUUCUGCCCACUUUACCUACAGAGACAUGAUAAACAUGAAAAAAAAAAUCUAGAAAUUAAGCAAAAAAUAGUACAACAAUAAUUGAAAGUAACAGGGCUAAACUGUCUUAUGUUUUUGGUAUUCUUUAGUAUAACAGUGCUCAUUAAAUACGAUUUGCUUGGCGCCUGGGUGGCUCAGUCGUUAAGCGUCUGCCUUCGGCUCAGGUCAUGAUCCCAGGGUCCUGGGAUCAAGUCCCACAUCGGGCUCCCUCCUCGGGGGGAAGCCUGCUUCUCCCUCUCCCACUCCCGCUGCUUGUGUUUCUGCUCUCGCUAUCUCUGUCUCUGUCAAAUAAAUAAAUAAAAUCUUAAAAAAAAAAAUACGAUUUGCUUGACAAGUUCUGAGAAAUAUAAGGUAUUAGAGUUAUUAGUAAGAUGACUGCCAAAAAGGUAUUAUGUGAGGGUAGUGGGAGAAUUGGGAUUAGACAGAGACAAUUCUGGCCAAGAAAUUUAUAUUUAAACCAUAAAGAGGUAGUUACUCUAAGUAACUGAACAGGACAAUGACACAAAAUGAGAAAUGAUCAUGAAAAUUCUUGCUGCAUGGUAACAUUUGUGAGUUUUGGUUUAAUGAAACAUUUUUUUUUUU